CUCUAUGUACAGUCGAUCACAUUUUAUCAGACGUUUACAAAAAAAUUCUUGGACAAUUUUUAAGUAACAUUCGUUUGUGCCAUGGAAUAUUGGUCGAUAUUAUUAUCGAUAGUAAUCGGAGUGAUCAGCAUUUAUUAUCUUUUUAAAAAUUUUAAUUUCUUCAAAAGAAAUGGUAUUAUACACUUACCGUCUGUUCCAUUAUUCGGAUCUAUAUUGUCGGUUAUAUUUCGUCAAAUAUCAAUCUUCGAUUUCAUACUAAACAAAUAUAAUUUCACUCCAAAUGCAAAGUAUUUUGGAUUCUACAUGAUGACAACUCCAAUCUUCUUUCUUCGCGAUCUGGAACUCAUUAAAACUGUUCUUGUUAAAAAUUUUGAGGCAUUUCCAGAUCGUCGUGGUUUCGCCGACUUUAACGAUCCUUUAUUUGAAAAAAAUUUAUUCUCUCUUCACGGAGAAAAAUGGCGAAACGUGAGGAAUCUGUUGAGUCCCACUUUUACUUCCAGCAAGAUGAAAAUGAUGUUCACGUUGAUGUCUGAAUGUGCUGUGGAUUUUGCAAAAUUUCUAUCGACAUCACCAGCGGAUAAAAGCAGUAUAGACAUGAAAGACAUAUGUAAAUAUACAACCGACGUCAUUGCUACAUGUGCAUUUGGAAUCAAAGUUAACUCCAUAAAGGAUCCAAUGAACAAAUUCUAUAUUUAUGGCAAGGAGGCGACUAACUUCAGAGGGGUCAUUCGUAGUAUAAAGUUCUUUUGUCUUGGAAUAUUUCCAAGACUCGGGCGAAUUCUCAAUUUGAAAAUUAUAAACGAUUGUGUGUCGGAUUUCUUCAAGGACAUUGUCAAGACUACAAUAGCCACUCGCGACGCAAAACAUAUUACACGUUCAGAUAUGCUGCAGUUGAUGAUGGAUAUCAGAGGUAAAGAAGGUCGUAGAGAACUAGACAUCGACGACAUGACUGCGCAAGCGUUCAUCUUUAUCAUCGGUGGUUUAGAGACCAGUUCAACCACAAUGUGCUACGCAGCUCAUGAAAUUGCAGCUAAUCCUGAAAUUCAAACAAAAUUACAACAAGAGAUUGACAAGGUUUUAGAAGAGUCGAAUGGAGAAGUGUCUUACGAAGCUAUUAAUCGGCUCGAAUAUUUAGAUGCGGUGAUAAGUGAGGCUCUUAGAUUGUAUCCACCAGUCGCCGCUUUAGAAAGGAUAUGCGAAAAAACUUUUGAGUUACCACCCGCAUUGCCGGACGAAAAACCUUUUAUCAUGAAAAAGGGUAUGCUUGUUUGGAUUCCAGUUCUUGCAAUCCAUCAUGAUGAAAAGUAUUACGAUAAUCCGGAGAAAUUUGAUCCAGAAAGAUUUUUAAACAACAAAAUGCGUAAUUCCUCAUGUUAUAUGCCAUUCGGAUUAGGACCGAGAAUGUGUAUAGCUCACAGAUUUGCCAUGUUGGAAAUCAAAGUCUUGCUUUUUCACUUAUUAGCGCGAUGUGAACUGAAACCAUCUGUGAAAACUACGUCACUAAAGAAAUUCUGCAAAGAUAUAAUAGCAUUGACGCCGGAGGAUGGAUUCUGGUUGAAUAUUCAGCGUAGAAGAAAUAUGUAUUCUGUAUUGGAAUCUACAAUAAUGAAAACCUCAGGAAACAUUUCGAAUAUCAAGUAG